AUGAGCAAGAUCUCCAAGUUCUUCAAGGGGGGCGGCUCUGCGGCCCACAAGGGCCGCGGGGGGCCCACGCCGCAGGAGGCCCUGGCCCGGCUGCGGGAGACGGAGGAGAUGCUGAGCAAGAAGCAGCAGUACCUGGAGACGCGCAUCGAGAGGGAGCUGGAGGCGGCCCGGCAGCACGGCACCAAGAACAAGCGAGCUGCCUUACAAGCACUGAAGAGGAAAAAGAGAUAUGAGAAACAAUUGAAUCAAAUUGAUGGGACGCUCUCAACCAUCGAGUUCCAGAGAGAGGCGCUGGAAAAUUCACACACAAACACAGAAGUGCUCAGGAAUAUGGGUUAUGCUGCACAAGCUAUGAAGAAAGUACAUGAAAAUAUGGACUUGAACAAAAUUGAUGAUUUGAUGCAAGAUAUCACUGACCAGCAAAAUGUUGCUCAGGAAAUUUCAGAAGCUAUCUCAAACCGAGCUGGAUUUGGUGAUGAGUUUGAUGAGGAUGAGUUGAUGGCAGAAUUAGAAGAACUGGAGCAAGAAGAAAUGAACAAGAGAAUGGCAGAUGUCAGACUGCCAAGUGUUCCAUCCACCUCGCUACCUUCUCGCCCUGCAUCAACCAGGAAGAGAGCGGAGGAUGAAGAUGAUAUGAAACAUCUAGCUGCCUGGGCUUCAUAAGAGCAUGGUGCUUUUAUGGCAUGGAACAUUACAGUAAAGAUGCAAAGAGCUAUAAUGCUGUUGUUAAUUUGUAAUAGUUACAAAUUUAGUGUGGUUGUGUUUCAUACGGACUUUUUUUAAUGGCCAAUCUUGCUAAAAGUGUGACUUCCAUAUUUCAAAAUUAGUUUAAACACAAACAAAAAUAAUAGUUGCCAAAACCUCCAUAGUGUUUUUUUUCUUUCUUUUUUUUUUUUUUUCAGUGUAGGCCAGAGAUUUGUUUUGCUGUCAGUAUCAGGUUUUAUUAUGUUACGUCUUGUGGUUUUGGUGAGACCUGUGCCUCACUUGUGCACAAAACUGGAUGCAUCGUUGAAAUGAAAAAGUUAAAUAAUUGGUCAAAGCCCUAUCCUUAGAGGGUCCAAAACAGCUUUAUAUGCGUCCUUUGCACCCAAGAGCUAACGGCCAUUCAUUUGGGCAUGGAGAUUUAUCCAGUUUGCCUGGAGCACCUUGUGGUGUCCUAGAUAUUAAGCGGAGACUCUUCUGUAGAUCUUCUGAAGUGCGAUAAUUUAUUAAUUUUCUGUUAUUGUUUUAACUUUGGCAACACUAUCCUAUGCACAUGUAUAUGGUCUACUUGAAUCAUGUGUCAAACUAUUUCCAACUUGGUUAAAUAACAGCUUUGCUAUGACAAUGACUAUGAUUUUAUAGAUCCCUGACAAACAAAAUUGAUUUCCACUAACCCUGUCAAAAAGCCAGAAGAGAUCUAGCCUUUCUGUCUUCCACCAUGACUUUCUGGGGUGAGUCUUUACUUUGUAUGAAAAUACCCAUUCUCAAAGGAAUUAAUAACACAAUUUUUAAUUUUGCAUUUUCAAAAUAAUUUUCAUUUCUGAGCAUUUGGUUUCUGAGUGGAAACUAUCAAUGUGUUGUCUUUGAAAUGCCUUUUUAGCUCUGUUUAAAAGCUGAUUCUAAAUUAUUUGUAAAUUUGUAAUAUUAUUGUCCAACUGAUGGCUUUUUAGCUUAAGGAACAAAUGCCACUGAGUGCUGAACUACUAUAUGUAGGGAGAAAUCACUGUUCACAUAUAAAAAAAAAAAAUGAUAUGCUGCUUUGUACAAAGAAAUUUUAUUAAGUAAGACUUAAGCUCUAUGCUAGUAGCUUGCUAUAAAUCACAAGGAUGUAGUAAAACACUGGAGUUCCAAGGAAAGUGGGAAGCAGAGUCACAUUGAUCUUAAUUUCUUAUUUUCAAAUUAAUUUAUAUAUAUAUGAUUGAACCACUUGGGGAAUGAUGGGAGACUUGGUUUCUGUAGAUCUACAGCAUCAGAAGACUGAUCUGUGGGGCUUUAGCCUGUGAUUUGCUGGGUGUUCAUAGCCUACAAUAGGCUCUAGCCUAUUGUAUUUUAGGUUAAGCAUAAGCUAAUGUGUGUUUAUGGACAUGGUAUUCUCGUGUGCUCAGCCUGUUGAGUUGAGUUCUGUGAAUGAAACACAAAAUUUACUAGCACAUUGUAAAACUUUCAGGACUUCAUUCUUUGUAGUGGAAUUGCUUUUUGUUUACAUCUAUUUGAAAGAAGAACUAAGCCUUGUCACUUGUGGAGAAAAAAAGUUUCUGAUUCUACUACGGAGUUUGGGGGUACCAGGAAAAUUAUCCCUUUCUGUUGGGAGUCAAGUAAAAACUGGAAGUAUUCCAUUUUUGUUUAAAACAAAAAUUAAAGCACUUCCUUAAAUUUGAAAAUGUAUUUUGAAUUCUCAGUAGGAAACCAAACACUAACAAAAUGUCAUUCAGUUUUAAUGCUUACUGAAAUUCAGGAUAAGAUGCCAGCUGAAAACUUCCUUGAUGGGCAUAUUUAAUAAAAUAAUAAAUAUUCAGAGUUAUCUAGAAUCAAUUCCCUAGUCCUGUUGGCUGAAAUCCCAUUCUCAAGGUUGAAGCAGUGUAUACAAUUCUGAAUUUGGUACAGAAAGUGUUAGUAUACACUGAUUUAGCAAGUCUGCAAGGCUGACUGGCAGUGUACUUCUGGACACAUCUUGUAUUUCUUAAUGUAAGUCCACGCCAACAUAGUCCUGUGCUUAGCUCUGGAAAACUGUAUUAUAGCAUCUGUUCUUGGUCGCAUUAGUAGUUUUCCAAUGCUUAGCGUACUUAAAGGGUUCUAUAGCCUAACCAAAAUAGGUGUCUAGGCUUCCAUUUUAAAGUGAUUUUUUCAGUCUGCUCUGGAAAAUGUGUACCUGCAGGAUUUUAUGCAAGAACUUUCCAUGUGAACAUCCUGCAGGGGAGAAGAAAUUCUAGGGAAGGCCUUCUCCUUUGCAAACGAGUGUCAGACUGCUAACCUCUGGCAGUGUUUUGGCCACAUGUUGAUCCUUCUGCUUAUUGACUUCGGACCAGGCACUUAAAGAACAAAGUUUGUGGAGGAUGAGGAAUAAAAAACAUGGUCAUUCAGGUGAGCUUCUCUAAAAGCUGGCAUGUAGUGGCUGCUGAUUCUGGAGGACAGUCACAUACCAGUUCACGGGCUAGGACGUGUCUGGUCUAACCUUCAUGGUGAAGCUAUUCUCAGAAAUACUGUAGUCAUGUACACAAAUCAAAAUACAGUAUAAACCCCCAAAACUGGAGUGUUUCUUGUAUUUGUUUGAGAGACAGUAGAUGACUGAUUUUCUUCAAAAGCAAAGGAGUUUUAGGGAUUUAAUUCAGCUGAGGAGGUGGCUCUUUCCUGUGUAAAUUCAGAUGAAGCUGUGACAAAUGCUUCUUUCAUUUUUUGAACAUAUGUCUCUCUUCAUGCCAAGAUGGUAUUUGUUUAGCACAUAAGCAGACUAGAGUGAAUAGUGUCAAUGUGUUAUUGUAAAUGCAAUUAACUACUAACUCAAACACAUUUUACAAGAGGACUGUGGAAGCAGAUGGUGUACUGUAGCUGACUUUAUUUCCUGAUUCUUAUUUAUUUUGAGAAUGUUUUCUUCUCUUAACAGGCUUGGGCAUUUUAAACCUGGAUAGCUUUACAAAGGGGAAAUAUUAAAUAAAGAAUAAAAAUUAACAUAUACAUAUCCUGUAAAUAAACAUUUUUCAUCA